AUUUUGUCUACAUUUCUUGCUGCCUUCGUCAUUUUUCUGAACACCGACUCAUUCUACAUCACUAAUAAGCCGAUCGUAUAUUGUGGAGACAUCUCCUAUGUUCUUUACCUAGUUCAUUGGCCAGUCAUUGUUGCUACUCGUUACUAUUGUGAUACUCAGCAUCUCAGCAUUUCGGAAGUCAUGUUCGUCGUCGCUUGCAGUUUACUAAUUUCGAUAGUUGCUCAUCAUACCGUCGAGAGUUACUUCAUAUCAAAUGGAUUUGUGCCGGCGCUCAUCUGCGUGGCUGGAUGUUAUCUCUAUGUAAUUGGAACUGCUCCUUCGUUCUCCAUGGCACCGUCUCUAGGUUACAAUAUUUCCAACACUUCCAAACAAUACGCUAUCUCGUGGAACUUGAUCGAAUCGGGAAAAGUGUACUUCCAACUACCUUGUCAGCCGGAUAACGAGACCCCUUCUUAUACGCAUUUUACCCAGGAACCACAAUUACGUUGCGUG